AUGUCGUCCUCGACCUCUCUUGGUCGAACAAGAUCAUUCCGCAAGCCUGGAAACAAUGAAUCAAAAGACAAUGACGCCGAUUUGACCCGCGACAACCUGCGAACCGCCUCUCCAAGCCGACUCCCCGUAAAGGGCCUCUCGAGCUCGAGGGUUGCCCCGGGAGGUGCCAACACGACAGGUGCCGGCAAUGGCAGUAAUCCUACGGGCAUUUCUGCGAAGAGCAGACCUACAUCCGGCAUCCUUGGACGAUCUGCUUCCGUUAGGCAGCCUCAGAGCAAUGCUGCUGCAUCCUCGACAACCACCUCCCGACCACCGAUAACGUCGAGGAGCAGGCCCAUUGCACGGCCCACGUCCUCUUCGGGGUCAGCUCCGACGACGCUUUCUCGCCCGACCACUUCUUCAGGUGUGCCCUCUUCAGCAACAACACGCAAGGCGGGAGCUGGACAUGCCCGCACGAAAUCAUCUGUCACGGCGCUCACGGGGGCUACAAUCCUUCGUCCGCCAUCCCAGACAUCUGCCAUGGGCGAGAGAGCUCGUGACCCGCCUGGCUCUAGCUCUGCUCACCAACGACAAUCCUCGUCCAACAAAAUAUCUGCAUCGUCGACCGCCGCCGCGAGGAGGCAUGCCCGAGCGCCCUCCGAAAGCGUAGCCGCAACGACGUUCAGACAGGCACCGUCCUCAUCCUCCUCCUCCGUAACCAGCCAACCUGCCCCUACCCAGCAGCCACAGCAACAACCGCAACCGCAACAGCAGCAACAGCAACAACAGCACCCCCGCCUCCGCCCCGCCUUCACCACCCUCCAGCAGCACUACUCCCCCGCAAAAUCCCUGGCCCCCAAGGCCCUGACCGCCACCUUCCUCGCGCCGCCCUCGCCAUCCAAGCUGCCCGCCAACGUGGCCGCCUCGGCCGAGACGGCCCGCCUGCAGACGGAGCUCCUGCAGCUGCACCUCGUGCACCGCGCCGCGCCCGCGGCCGACGCCGCCUGGCGCGACAGCGCGCGGGCCCGGCUCGGCGAGCGCUUCCGCGCCGCCGCCCGCGGGGGCGCCGAGGUGGCGCGCCUCGAGGCCGGCGCCGUCGAGAGGCUCAACGUCCGGGCGCUGAGGGCCUGGGCUGGGGCUGGCGGCGGCGGCGGCGGCGCGCGGCUCGAGGAGAGGGUCCAGAUGCUGGACGCGGUGCUGUCGAGCGUGUGGGGGCUGGGCGAGCCGGGGGGGAGGUACGCGCGUAUGGCGAGGCGGUUCGAGAAGUGGGUGGAGGGUGUGGCGGAGGUCGUCGCGGCGAGGAGGAACGGCGACGGCGGCGGCGGCGGUUCGGUCCUGCUGCUGCCGCCGUCCGGGGAGGGGCUCGUCUUCGUGAGCGACCUGGACGCCGGCUGGAAGGCCGAGUGUGCGGGGCUGGUGAGGAAGCUGGACGAGUGGGCGCGCCUGCUGGCGGAGCUCGGAGACGUGCCCCGCGGCGACGACGGUGACGAUGGGGAUCACGGGGCGGGAGGACCUGGACCUGGCGGAAGGCGGACCGCUUCGAGCUUGGAGAGGAUUCUCGGGGCGUGCAGGAGUCUGGUGCGGGACAUGCUCGCCGAGCUGGAGCUCAUGCAGCAGAUCGAGAGAGAUGCGAUAGAGCAAGAGAAUGAAUGGAUACGGAGCAUGACUAGGGACGAAGGGGUGACACAGGAUGUCCCGAGUGUAGGUGCGAUCUGGAGAGUGAUUUGA